AUGGCAGCGGUAGGCGAGACGUCUCUCCAGACACUCCUCUCCAGCCUCACGCUCGUCCUUCACGAGCCAACAUACGUCUUCCUUACCAUCCCGCACGAGCAAUUCCGCAGUCCGUUCAUGAUCCCAUUUGCCGACAUCCUGCUCUCGUUUCGCGAAGCCGAGGGCGUCACGCUCGUGGUGACACAGUCUCUCGCCGAACAACAUGCACUGGCGUACCAGUACCCGUGCCGGAUGAUCACGUGCAAUGUCCAUUCGAGUCUCGAGGCAGUCGGGUUCAUGGCUCACCUCGCCACCAAGCUCGCGGGGAAGGGCCUAAGCGUGAAUCCCGUGAGUGGGUAUUUUCACGACCACUUGUUCGUCCCGGUCGAGAAGGCACGCGAGGCCGUCGAAGUGCUGGAGAAGGUGAGGGAGGAUGCGGAGCGAGCGACUACGAGCUUGAAGCAGUGA